AUGCAGCAAGUCUGCGACUGGUCGAUGGCCGUGCCGAUCGCCCGUGGCCGCCUCAUGCCCAUGGCGCCUCUGGUUAUGAAGGGCGAUCCAGGCUCGGGGAGGCUCGUGCUGGACUUGUCCCUGCCCGUGCCGCCACCACGGUGCGCCGUUGGCAUCUCGCAAGCGACCAUGGGCGUGAAGAAGGAAGAAAAGUUUCCAAGCCCAGCGCAUCUUGUUGUUUCGCCGAGUCAAGUACCAAAGCGCCCAUACCCCGAAGAGGCUUACGCUAACAACGUUCGCAACGCAGCGCCUUCACUAGAGCCCGAGUUGAUGAACGCCUUUGUGAAGCUCGAGACCCGGCCACUGCAAGACGCAGCGCCACGGGUCGCCACCGCUGGCCACCCCGCGCCGCGUGCAUCGUGGGCUGCACUUCCAGACUUUGUCGCUCCGAUUCCGAUCUUUGUAUCAGUCGCCGCGCCAACGCCGGCCAUCCCGCCAGAGCUUGAAGCACCAGCACCGGACCCUUCCAGCUCGAUGCUUCUUGAAGAUACGGAAGUGCGGUCGCCGGUGGCGUCAAUCGACACCGUGGGUAACGAUGCUGAUGACGACGCCCGGGAUGACGAUGACAGAGACGAACUACCUUCGCAGCCACCGAUGCUGGACGACGUCGAUGUGUACUACGGCGGCGGCGGGUUUGAAUGGACAGCCGGCAACGUCGUUGGCGAGGUGGGCGAAAUGUACGAGCUGUCGCAAGACGGGCAUCGAUUGUAA